GCCGUGGCGCGGGCUAGCGUUGCUGUUUCCAAGUCUUUCCGCUCUCUUCCGCCCGGAACCGCCUCACUGACUCAGUGGCGGCUGAUGCUCUGGGCCUUUGGUCCUGAAGUGGAGGGAUGGCGGGGAAGGCCUGGCUUUGCAUCCGGAGCGGUCCUGAGGUUUUCAGCCUGUCGGUUGGGCUCUGCUUAGGCCGGAAGUGGAGAGGUUUAGAGGUAGAAAACUUUCCCAAUGUCCCUCCUUGGCGAAGCUGGAACUUCCGCCUGAGUUGAAGACAGGUUUAGAGCCGACUUUUUGCCGUUCUUUACAAGUCACGCUAAUUCUUUUCUAGAAGACAGCUUUACAAGAAUCUAGACCGACCAAAUUUCGGGCAUCAGAACUCUCCAGCAACCAGGGACUGCCCAGGAUUGAGUCCAUAUGGAAGAAGAACUGCCUGGUUUCUAUGGAGAAAGUGGCAAGCCAGUACAUGCUAACCUGUCAUCAUUGAAGAUGUUAGAUGUGGGAAAGUGGCCAAUUUUUUCUCUUUGUUCUGAGGAAGAACUGCAGUUGAUUCGUCAGGCUUGUGUCUUUGGCAGUGCUGGCAAUGAAGUUUUAUACACUACAGUCAAUGAUGAGAUUUUUGUGCUUGGCACAAACUGCAGUGGCUGUCUGGGGUUAGGUGAUAUCCAGAGCACCAUUGAGCCUCGGAGACUGGAUUCUUUAACUGGCAAAAAGAUCGCCAGCCUCAGUUAUGGGAGUGGCCCACACAUUGUCCUUGCAACAACAGAUGGAGAAGUCUUUACUUGGGGUCACAAUGCGUAUAGUCAGCUGGGCAAUGGGACAACAAAUCAUGGUUUAGUGCCCUGCCAUAUCUCGACAAAUCUGUCAAACAAACACGUCAUUGAGGUUGCCUGUGGGUCUUACCAUUCUUUGGUCCUAACAUCUGAUGGAGAGGUGUUUGCCUGGGGUUAUAACAACUCUGGACAAGUAGGAUCUGGGUCAACAGCUAACCAGCCUAUUCCUCGAAGAGUCACCGGAUGUUUGCAGAAUAAAGUCGUUAUGAACAUAGCAUGUGGGCAGAUGUGCUCCAUGGCUGUUGUGGACACUGGAGAGGUCUAUGUCUGGGGUUACAAUGGGAAUGGGCAGUUGGGCCUGGGCAGCAGCAGCAACCAGCCAACCCCAUGUAGAGUGGCAGCUCUGCAAGGCAUCCGUGUCCAGUGGGUUGCCUGUGGCUACGCACAUACCUUAGUAUUAACAGAUGAAGGUCAAGUGUAUGCUUGGGGUGCAAAUUCCUAUGGCCAGUUGGGCACUGGCAAUAAAAGUAACCAGUCCUAUCCUACCCCUGUUGUUGUAGAAAAGGACAGGAUCAUAGAGAUUGCAGCCUGUCACUCUGCCCACACAUCCGCUGCCAAGACCCAGGGUGGGCAUGUGUACAUGUGGGGCCAGUGCCGGGGCCAGUCUGUGAUCCUUCCUCACCUCACCCACUUAUGCUGCACUGAUGAUGUGUUUGCCUGCUUUGCCACCCCUGCUGUCACCUGGCGCCUUCUCUCCGUGGAACCUGAUGACCACCUCACUGUGGCUGAAUCACUGAAGAGGGAAUUUGACAACCCUGACACUGCAGACCUUAAGUUUCUGGUUGAUGGAAAAUACAUUUAUGCUCACAAAGUCCUUCUCAAAAUCAGGUGUGAGCAUUUUCGUUCUUCAUUAGAAGACAGUGAAGAUGAUAUUGUAGAAAUGAGUGAAUUUUCAUAUCCUGUGUUCCGAGCUUUCCUGGAAUACCUAUACACAGAUAACAUCAAUCUAUCUCCUGAGGAGGCAGUAGGAUUGCUAGAUCUGGCUACAUUUUAUAGUGAGACUCGGCUGAAAAAGCUCUGUCAGCAAACUAUCAAACAAGGAAUCUGUGAGGAGAACGCUAUUGCUCUGCUCUCUACUGCUGUGAAGUACGAUGCUCAGGACUUAGAAGAGUUCUGCUUCAGGUUUUGCAUCAACCAUCUGACUGUAGUAACACAAACAUCAGGCUUUGCAGAAAUGGACCACGAUCUUCUGAAGAACUUCAUCAGCAAAGCCAGCAGAGUUGGAGCCUUUAAGAACUGAUCCUGAAUGUGGAAAGGAAUGCUUAAGCCCUUCCAUUCACCCCCACUCCCAGAAAGAUAAAUACAAAUACAAAAAUAAAAGCCAUUGACAACUUCUGUAAUUAACAGUGUUGAUGAGAGAUAUAGCUGGCCAUAUUCUUAUGUUCUAUCCUCUCCAUCUGCCUAACCAAAGGUUUUCAAUAGCAGGCACUGAGUGCUCUAACUGGAAAUGAAACACUCACUUCAAGUGACAAUGUCCCAGCUUCUUGGGUAGGGGAGGACUUUGUGUCCACCUCCCUUCUCCAAGCAGGUAUCUGUCUGGUGUGAGCUUGUACAUAUCUUGUACAUGCUGUCAGUCUCUGAUUUCAUACAUGUUUAGGAGUAACUGGCUAACAUAAAUAGUUUCCAAGACUCCAUGAUUAUUUGUGUGCUUUUUUUUUAAGAGAGAAAAAGAACAUUUAGUUGGGUAGGUAGGAAAGUUUGGAGGUUCUGGGAGAAGUUGAAGUAGAAAAAGGAUAUAAUGAAGAUACGAAAAAUAAAAGACAUCACCUAAAAAAUGAAAUUGUCAUUAUAGUAAUCAUUUCUUUCUUUGAGACACUUAAGGUCUUUUUCGGACACUGAUGUAUUACCUAUGCUAGAGGAAUGGUCCAAUAUUCAACUGGCUAAUGUACAGUUACACAAGGAAUGCUGUCACUCUAACACAGUGCCUUGUUUUAUAAAAGGGACUCGGUUAAUUUACUGUCAAUCCUAAGGAUGCACUGAGAACAGUUAGCUUGGGUGAAAACUUAGAAAUCUGUAAUUGCUGAUAUUCAUAUUCUUCUAGUUUGUAGUUCUAAAACAUAGUAGUUGAUUUAGAGCAUUAAUCAGAAUUCACAAAAGGCCUUAGCAACUAAAUUGUCAAAGGCCCAAGGGCUAGUUUUAAUUUUCUACUUUCCAAGCUAACUUCUCAUGUGGCAUUGUUAGAAAGUAUUAACUUUGAAUGUAAUUUCUGGAUUUGCAUGCCUUCAUGUAUUUGCAUAAAGCCUUGCUCUUCUUUAUAUUGAGGAUCUCCCUCUGUAAGACUUACUGUUUUUCUUGUAGCUUUUAUGUCACUAUAAAAUAACUUUUUUUUGUUAUUUUGUUUUUGUUCUGUGUAGCCUUGACUCUCCUGGAACCCACACUGUACAUCAGGCUGGCCUCAACCUCACAGAGAUCCACUUGCCCCAGGCCUUCGGAGUACUGGGAUUAAAGGUGUACACCACCACUGCGCAGCUAAAAUAAGUUUCUUAACCUUGAAGCAGUAAAUACUAUAUAGAAAGGAACUACCACAUUUAAUGGGUAGCAUUAAUGUGAUAAAGUCUGCAUUUUUAGACAAAAACAAGCCACCUUGCAGCAAAAGAGAAACUAACUGGACAAGAUGUAGCAUUGGAUACUUCUAAGUGUCUCACAAUAUGAUAUAAAGGAAACCUUUUUGGAAAUAGAAAUCUUGUUCUCAUGUAUAAUUAUUUGAUAAUAAAGUACUUACUUGAUAGAA